CCGUGAAGCUUUGCCCUGGACUUAAUCACGUGACCGGAACGACAACAACACUUAUGAAAAUUGUAGGAAGUGUUUAAACGAUGGUUAGAAUCCGCACUUCACUUGUCCAAAAGCACAUGUGACUUGCACUCACAAGGAAAGGGACGAGUUUUACCAGUCAGCUAUUAUGGCGAAGUCUGCUGAUAAAUUGGAAGGGCUUGUUGCAGCUACAUUCACUCCAUUCACCUCUCAAGGUGAAAUCAACCUUUCAGAGAUUGGACCCUAUAUUGACUACUUGACAGAGAAGCAAGGUGUAAAUAGCGUAUUUGUGAAUGGCACUACAGGAGAGGGCAUGUCUCUCAGCGUCCAAGAGAGGAAGUUACUAGCGCACGACUGGUGUCAGAAAGCCAAGGGCAAACUGGAGCAGGUGAUCGUGCAUGUUGGCUGCUUGAGUCUCAAAGACUCCCAAGACCUGGCUAGCCACGCAGCUUCAAUCAAUGCUAAUGGGAUAGCCGUCAUCGCUCCCUCCUUCUUUAAACCGAGCUCUGCAGAGGCGCUGAGGACGUACCUCAAGGAAGUGGCUUCUGUGGCCCCAUCAGUGCCCUUCUAUUAUUACCAUAUUCCAGCUCUUACUGGUGUUAAUGUGCCUGUUAGAGAUUUACUGGAAGGAAUCGAGACCCUCAUUCCCUCCUUCAGGGGUGUGAAGUUCUCAGGAAGUGACCUGAUGGACUUUGGCCAGUGCGUCAGCCACAUUCAGCCCCACUGCUCAGUCCUGUACGGCGUGGACGAGCAACUGUUGGCAGCCCUUGUGUUAGGAGCCCACGGAGCAGUCGGCAGCACGUACAACUAUCUGGGAUCUCACAUGAACAAGCUGUUGUCUGAGUUUGAGAAGGGCAACCUUGCAAACGCUAGAAGCAUUCAGUUCAAGAUGCAAGAACUUAUCAGCUACGCUGUAAAACUGGGAUUCAACCUGAGCGUGAACAAGCAGUUGAUGACGGAGGUGUCGGGCGUGCACCUCGGCCCCCCUCGGCUUCCUCUGACGCCGUGCCCUCAACAACAGGCUCUGUCCAUCAAACAGAAGUAUCAGAAUCUCUUUCCUGUACAGUAAUAAUAGUGUCCUGCCAGUAUUAAUGUAAACAAACAAAUCCUCUUUGUUACAAGUCAAGAAGGGUGUGGACUCGAUUUACACGACUUGGACUCGAUGCACAAUUUUGAUGACUUAAUACUCAACUUGACAAUACAGUCAAAUGAUUGGCGCUUUGACUUGGAUUUUGACGUCAAUGACUCGGGACUUGAUGACUUGAAAAUGCAGUAUUCCAUCACUCCUCCACGGUUCACUUACUACGGCCUGAGUGCAACGCAAAUUUUAAAGAGCAAUUAGAAUUGCGUUUCAUGUUAAAAUGAAGUACGUUUUUAAGUGUGUGUGUGUUGUAAGAGUAUAGGAUGUGUGUAUAAGUGUGUGUAGAGGGCUUAUAGAGACUUUAAAUGCAUGUAACAAUCAAACAAUACAAUAAAUAGCUACAAUCUUAUGUCGAUAACAUCCUUAACAUUCACUGGAUACACCUUAUUGAAAAAGGCAAGAAGUUGAAUAAACUCACUCUAACAAAAUUAUAACACAAAAGUAAACGCUUUCUAAUGCUAGGGGAAUUAUUUUGACUCGCGGGGGGGGCAAUUUAGAGAAAAAAAUGUGUUUGGGGGCCGGUAUAUCUGAUUUUUAGGAACACUAAUGCAAAACCUCACAAUAAUGUCUGAUUGAAUGCUAAAAACGUUAAGAGGGAAUGGAAGUUUAAGUUUUUUUUACUGAACGAGACACCCAGAAUGUGCCUGAAAAUAAAGAAUGUGGGAUUUACAAUAUUAACUAUGACCGAUAAAACACUGAAUAUUGACAACGUAUGAACGUCACACCCCCUCUCGAUCGACGUAUAUUUCAAUCAAGCAAAACGCAACAAAAAUGCGACAAACACAGAAAAAAUAUGAACGCGAAGGGUAAUAAAAAAAAACCCAUCUACAAUCUAAUACAUCUGAUACAUCACUAAGCUUAAGAACUUUGCUGUAAAAAUCUCCUUCUGGGUCUGUCCCUGACACCCGCAUUUCAGGCUGGCCGCUCUGGAAUCACUGCUUGGUGCCUCGUCUGAGCUGCUGUGAUAUAUAUGUAUAUGAUGUAUAUCUAUCUAUAUGGUUUGAUAUACUAGUUACAAACCAUAGUAACUAGUAUAUCAUGCAAAAGCGCAGAUUCCAACCAUUGAAAUACUUUGUAUAAUUCAAGACUUGUGGUAAUUUGAAAACAUCACUGCAUAUAUCAUAAUGGCAGCUACAGUUUCCAUCUUAAAGAUCUAAAAAAAUAUUUGGGAAUGUCCGGCGGGCCAGAUUGAAAAGCUCAACGGGCUGCAUUCGGCCCCCGGGCCUUAAUUUACCCAGGUCUACUGUGGGGGAAUACAUUAUUAACAAUAACUGGCAAUAAACACAUCAUUAAACAAACAUUUUGUACAACUAGAGCCGCAUAGAGCAAUGGGAAACCGGAACAGCGCAUGUGCUGACGUGUCUGUGGCGGCCAUCUUGGUGACGGUGCUGUCAUAAUUUGUUAAUUUCUCACAAGUAACACUAACUACUGCUUCACUGCAAUAAUCAACAUUGAAUACGUCAGAAAACCAAACCGUAUUCUGCAAAACAAAAAAAAACCUGAUGCUGAUGUGUCUAGGUGGCGGCCAUCUUGGUGAGGGCGGUGUCAUAAUUUGCUAAUUUCUCAAAGGUAACGCUGACUACUGCUUUACUGUGGAGAAGUGAGUAAUCAACAAUGAAUAUGUCAUAAAACCAAACCGUAUUCUGCAAAACAAAGAACGAAGAAAAACAUGACGCUGAUGUGUCUAGUUGGCGGCCAUCUUGGUGAGGGCGGUGUCAUAAUUUGCUAAAUUCUCAAAGGUAACGCUGACUACUGCUUUACUGUGGAGGAGUAAUCGACAAUGAAUACGUCAUAAAACCAAACUGUAUUCUGUAAAACAAAGAAUGAAGGAAAACCUAACGCUGACGUGUCUAUGUGGCGGCCAUCUUGGUGAGGGCACUGUUAUAACUUGCGAUUUCUCAACCAAUUUACUUGCGGUUUACUUUAUUGUUAACAUCAAAACAUGAGCUAUUAAUGCGAAACAUUGAAUUAAAAAACAAGACCAAAAAAUUGUUACUGAAGAAAGCUUAUUUUCAGCUCAAAGGGGCGUGUCGGUUCUCGGCCGCCGUGUGGCGGAAGUUCUAUUAAUUAGGAUAAACCAUCAGUGUGGAGGACAGUCUUGUGGGUUGUAAAUAUCACGUCUGUGCCUUUUAAAGUAACAAUCAGGUUCAAGAUUACACUACCAGGAUGUGAAUAAAUUAAACUCUGGUUGUAAUCUAUUUAAAAACAGAACAAUCCAGAAUGUGAGUGUUGUAUGUGUCAAUUUAAUUACAUAUACAUUGCUGAACAGCAUUUUAUUUAACUGUGCUUGUGACUUAAAAGACUUGAAAAUUUCAUGCAGCGAAUUUCGGAAUUGUCUUGAUUGGAGACUUGACUUGAGAUUUUUAGGAUUAAAUACUGAAGACUUUCAAAUCACUGACUUUCUUUCACCUCUGCAAAUCAAGAACAUGUGUAGUUUUCCGACUGAAUGAUAGUAGGCUUGUAAUCCAAUUAAUAAAGUGAUUUCUUUA